AUGCUGUUGACAACAAAUCGGCUUCUAAAUGUCAUUUCUUUGGUAGAACUGGUUGACAUCGCUCAUUUCAAAAAAAACAGAACCUCUUUUGAACUCAUGAAACUUCUGUUAGUGCUUUUGGCGGUGAUCGUACUGGCUAAAGGCAAUCUGCCCACAUGUGACAUAUGCCAGAAGUGGAUCGACUACAUGAGAACACAUGUCGUAACUGAGGACAAUCUUGAUCAGAUGUUGGAAGAGUUUUGCACAGCAAACACACCCUCUCACCUUCAAUAUUCAUACCAAGUUUUGUUGAAAUCGGAAACGCCGGCUAUACGCGAGGCGAUGGAGGAAACCCUCGAUGCGCAUGAAGUGUGCACUGCCGUCAACAUGUGCUGGGGAGAUGAGCCCUAUUGAAGCUUGCGACUAACCUACAGAACUGUUAACUCUUCCUUGACUACCAACACUAUCAAAAAAUAAACCACUCAAACUGUGGCUUGAGAAUAUUACACCUGAUAUAAAUUUGAACACUUCCUUGAAACUUUUGUAAAAACAAGUGCCU